AUGGUUCUCGAGGCUUACACUUACGUCUUUGCCAUUGGCAGUUGCUUUGCUCUGCUUGAGGCCUACAACAAUGGUGCCAACGAUGUCGCCAACGCCUGGGCUACCAGUGUCUCCUCCCGCUCCGUCACAUACCGCGGAGCCAUGGUGCUUUGCUGCAUCUUCGAAAUGCUCGGCGCCCUGACCGUCGGUGCCCGAACCGCCUCGACCAUCAAGAACGGUAUCAUCCCCAUGGAAGCCUUCCGCGACAACGCCGGUGUCCAGCUUCUCGCCUUCGCCUGUGCCUCCGCCGGUGCCUCCACAUGGGUUAUGUGGUGCACAAAGCACAACGCCCACGUCUCGUCUACAUACUCUCUCAUCUCUUCGCUCGCUGGUGUCGGUAUCGCUACCGUUGGUGCUAGCAAGGUUCAAUGGGGCUGGAACGGUGGUCAGGGUCUCGGUGCCAUCUUUGCUGGUCUCGGUAUGGCUCCUACCAUUGCCGGUGUCUUUGCUUCCGUCAUCUUCUUGCUUGUCAAGUAUGUUGUGCAUGUCCGUAAGAACCCCGUCCAGUGGGCUGUCUGGACCUCUCCCUUCUUCUUCCUCAUUGCUGGUACCGUCUGCACACUCUCCAUUGUGUACAAGGGAUCUCCCCGUCUCGGUCUCACCGAGAAGCCUGCUUGGUACAUCGCCUCCCUCACUCUCGGUGUCGGCUGGGGUCUCUUCUUCAUGUCUGCGCUUUUCUUCGUUCCCUUUGUCCACGCUGUUGUCAUCAAAAAGGACUACACCCUCCGAUGGUGGGAUGCUUGGCGAGGACCUCUCCUGUUCAGCCGCCCCGCUCCUCCUGAUGCCGAGAACGCCCGUGUCCCCAACUACGCUGUUGUCCAACACGGUUCCGACAUGGAGGUCGUCUCUCACGAGACUGAGGAGCACAACCCCAAGAAGGCCAGCGACGAUGAGAUUGUCCCCGCUACUGCCGCCAGCUCCGAGAACAACGAGAAGCGACACCUGAACCUCUCCGAGUCUACCCAGGAGGACUACCAGCGAAUGGUCAAGGAUGCUGAGGAGAUCCACCACUCCAACCUCCGCAAGGGUAAGGGACCUCUUGGCUGGGCUAUGCGAACUCUCCACGCCAACCCCAUCGGUGCCGGUUCUAUCCACGAGACUCACAACAUGAUCGCCGUUCUCAAGCGCAUUCCCGCCCAGAUCGUUGUCGCUUUCCUCUACGGUGCUCACUACGACAUCCACACUGCCCAGAUGGGUAUUGAGGCUACUCCCGAAGGUCGCCGCAUGGCCCGUGUCUACGAGCAUGCUCCCAAGUACCCCAACGAGGUUGAGUACCUGUACUCUUUCGUUCAGAUCAUCACUGCCUGCACUGCUUCUUUCGCUCACGGUGCCAAUGAUGUCGGUAACGCUGUCGGUGUCUGGGCUGGUAUGUACGCUGCUUGGUCCACUAGCCGACCUGCCGAGAAGAAGGCCGAGGUUCCUUUGUGGCAGAUUGGUGUUGUCGCCGCUAUGAUCUGUAUCGGUUUCAUCACCUAUGGUUACAACAUCAUGAAGGUUAUGGGUAACAAGAUCACCUACCACUCUCCCAGCCGUGGUUCCUCCAUGGAAAUGGGCGCUGCCAUCACUGUCCUCGUCUUCUCUCAGUACAAGCUCCCCGUCUCCACCUCCAUGUGUAUCACUGGUGCCACUGUCGGUGUCGGUCUGUGCAACGGCAGCAUCAAGGCUGUCAACUGGAAGCGAGUUUUCCUUCUCGUCUUCUCCUGGAUCAUGACCAUCCCCAUCGCCGGUCUUAUCGGUGGAUGUCUUAUGGCUCUUGCUCUCAACGCCCCUCACUUCUAA